CUACUGCUGCAGAGUAACGAAGAGCUGCCAUCAAACAUUACAGAAUCACGUUCACUCAUUUUAUUGUAUGUGACAUACUUUGGAGGGGUGUGUGUGUGUAUUUGCAGAUGGAGAGGGAUGAAAAGUCUUCAAAGAAGAAACAGAAACUGGACAAAGAGAGAAAACAGUCUUCUUCCUCUCAGAAGAGCCUCCACCAAUCAGAAGCCGUCGGGAACAGCGACAAGAUGAUGAUGAAGAAGAAGAGUGUGAAAAACAGCUCAGGUCUUCCUCAGGACAGAGACGGCCAGCGGAAGAAAGCAGAGACUCAUGGGAAGAAAACCGGCAAGAGCCACAAGGAGCUCCUGGAGAAACCUCCUGCGGCCAAACCACGAGCGCUGCUGCCCGAUCGCAGGAAACUCUCUGUGGAAGAUCAUUUGAAGGAAGCCAAAAAGCUGAAGCACAAAGCAGAUGCUACGCCGGAUAAGAUGGCUAAAGCGCUGUGCUAUCUGGAGGCUGCGCUGUCGUUCACGGAGAGCGCUGUGGCCAUGCAGACGGAGCCGCAGACGCCCAAAUCUGCCUACACCAUGUUCUCGGAGACGGUGGACCUGAUCAGCAGGGAAAGUACAAUACUUCUUUCCUAAUUUCUACACUUCAAAGAGAUAUUUUGACAUGUGAUAAACAACGUGUGAUAAACGAGUGGACUGCAUUCAUUCAGUGUGAACGAGUCGUUCUGAGACGCAGAAAACACCGGAUCACGAGCUGAUCGUCUGAACCAAGUGUGCGCUUCGCUUUGAAACAAGCAGCAAAAACAGACUUGAUGAAGCAUAUUGUGCUUUCGGUUUGAGUUCGUUUGACAGAUA